GCGGCGCGCGCGGAUGACGUCACUGCCGGGACCGGGCCGGCCGCGUGUUUCCCUGGAAUUUCCGGUUCCGGGGGGCGGAGCGUCCCCGCCAUGGACGAUCUGAUCCUCAACGUUGACUUCUCCGCCCCGGAGCGCCGCUCCAAGAAAGAACCGGGGAACCGAAAGCACCAGAGCUUCGUGCGGCGGCGCCGGGAGCUCGAGCGCCGCGGGGUCCUGCGGCAGAAACAGCUCCCGGCAGCGGCACCGGGAGCGCCCCGGCCGGGCCGGGCACGGCGUGGGGGGGCCAAACGCUGCCCCAAGGAGAACGGUGCUGCCACCACCUCCCGGUGCCCUCCGGUAUCACAGAACGGCCCCAAGGACAAGGCUCGGGGGGCGGCGCAGAACGGCGGCACCGGAGCCAAGGGGAAAGAUCGGGGGGUGGCACAGAACGGUGUCACCGGUACCGGAGCCAAGGGGAAAGAUCGGGAGGAGGCCCAGAACGGCCCCACCGGUACCGGAGCCCCCACUCAGAGCAAAGCCAAGGCUCGGGGGGCGGCCCAGAACGGCCCCACCGGUACUGGGGCCAAGGCCAAGGCUCGGGGCGCUGGCAGUGCCCCCCCGGCGCCCUCCAAGCUGGUGGCCCUGGACUGUGAGAUGGUGGGCACGGGCCCCGGUGGGCGCACCAGCGCCCUGGCGCGCUGCAGCAUCGUCACCUACGAGGGGGACGUGGUGUACGACCGGUACGUGCGGCCCGAGGCGGCCAUCGUGGAUUACCGGACCCGCUGGAGCGGCAUCCGCCCGCGGCACAUGGCACAGGCCGUGCCCUUCCGCCGGGCACAGCAGCAGGUGCUGCAGAUCCUUGCUGGCAAGGUGGUGGUGGGCCACGCCAUCCACAACGACUUCAAGGCACUUCACUACUGCCACCCCAAAGCCCUGACCAGGGACACGUCGCAGAUCCCGCUGCUGAACCGCAGGGCUGGCUUCCCUGAGAACGUCAACAUCUCCCUGAAACGCCUCACCAAGGCCCUGCUCAACCAGGACAUCCAGGUGGGGAAAAGCGGCCACUCCUCGGUGGAAGAUGCCCGAGCCACCAUGGAGCUCUACAAGGUGGUGGAGGAAGAGUGGGAGCAGCACCUGCAGCAGAACCCCGAGCAGAAGUGACACCCUGGGGG